AUGGAAGAAGAAAAAGCCGCAGCGUACUACGACGAGCUCACUCGAAAAGGCGAGGGAGCCGCAAAGUUCAAACAAGGUCUCGGCUUUUCCACCUCAUCCUCAAACGACGCCGUUCCCAAACCCGGUUCAGCCCUCGCAUCUUCCUCUUCCUUCCUCUCCCAGUUCGUCAAAGCCUCUUCCUCAUCCACCCCUAUCAACCCACCCGAGCCCGAUAGAAAAGCCCAGCUCCAAUCUAUUCAAAACAAACUCAAGAAAAAACCUACCACCGAAUCUAGGAUUUCGGAGAAACCAAAUCACGGUUAUUCUUCUUCCAGAGAUAGCGAUAGAAGAAAAAGACGAAGCAGGAGUAGGAGUAGGAGCGGAGAUAGGUAUAGGGAAAGAGGUAGGGAUAGGGAUUCAAGGAGAAGAAGUAGGAGUAGAGAGAGAUACAAUGGUUAUAGAGAUCGUGAUAGAAGCCGAAGCAGAAGCGGUUCGGAUGGUGAUAGGAGUAGAGAUAGGAGGAAAAGGGAGAGAGAAAGAGAAAGAGAAAGAGAAAGAGAGAGAGGGAGAAGGAGGAGUAGAAGUGUCUCUCCUCGUAAACAACGUGGGUCUGAGGUGAGAACGAAUGAUGUUAGGGAAAGAGGGAAAGUGAGUGGAAUGUUGAAGGGGAAGAAUGUUGGGGUUGAUUAUGGGAAGCUAAUUGAAGGUUAUGAUAAUAUGGCACCUGCUGAAAGAGUCAAAGCCAAGAUGAAGCUUCAGCUUUCUGAAACUGCUGCACGGGAUACAGAAAGAGGUGUGGGCUGGGAGCGUUUUGAGUUCAACAAGGAUGCGCCUCUUGAUGAUGAGGAAAUUGAAGUUGCCGAAGAUGAUGCAUCCUUAGUCAAGCACAUCGGUCAGAGUUUCCGGUUUUCCUCAUUUGAGUCCAAACGGGAAGAACAAAUUCAAGCUGCUCAUGAUGAAGCUAUGUUUGGUGCUACAGCUCCUCCGCCUCCCACCAUCAGUACAGACAGCGAGCCUGAAAGGGAGAAUGAGAAGGAGGUUGAUAAUAAAAAAGACCUAGUUUCAAGCCUCUUAAGUGAAACGGUGCUGGCCAAGCAAAAAGGGUCUUGGCGUGAUCGGGUUCGUCAGACAUAG